UUUAUUUUCGAUUUACUUGCACAUCGUUUAGUUUUGUUAUUAAUAAACGACUGCUAGGCAACUAACUUCAAUAUACACAUUUGGGACUAAAAAAAAUAUAUAUUUUAAAGCUAGUUAUUUUAAAAAUAAGAAAUAAAAAAACAUAAAAUGGAUACCGAAGGCGAUUACGAUGAUAGGCGUAUUACAGAUGUGGGCGAUGCAGCUGACUUGCUAAUAGUUGAGGAUGCAACUGAAGAAGUAGGCCCAAAUUUGCCUGUAACGUCAUAUCGGAUGAAACCCUCUUUAAGAGAACUUUUUCCAGCAUCACAUAUCAAAAGUAUUAUUCAGUCCACAAUAUAUGAUAAACUUCAAGGGAAAGUAUAUAAUCCAGAUGACGCUCGUAAGUGGACCCGGGAGAUUUCUGAUGAAGUCAGUGCCGCAGUAAAAGAUAUUGUUCAAAUGCCCCGUUUUAAGCAUGUUGUACAAGUAACAUUGGGUCAGCAGCUGGGUGCUGGUUGCCGGUAUAUAGCAAAGUGCUGUUGGGAUGCCGAAGCUGACUCCCAUACAUCCGAUGUAUUUACGAAUGCCAGCUUAUUUUGUGUUUGUACCGUAUUUGGUGUAUAUUUAUAUUAAUUACACAUAUAUAGUAUAUGUACAUAAAACAAGUGUCAUAUAAAAAAACACAAGUCAGCUUAAUAUCAGACAAUGUACAAACAGUAUAACUCUUGUAAAAAUUUGUGAUGUUUUCAAAAAACUGCGCGAAUGAUGCGUGGUUAAUGAAAUAUUAAAUUUCCAUAUAUAGAACAUAUUCGGUUCUUCUUAGUUAAUGGAUUUAGGAAAUGUUGUUUGAGAGUAAAAUUUUGAAAGUAAAUUGCAUAAUUUAUUGAAAAAUGGUGUAUCUGUACGUCUGUUGUGCUUUUCUCCCAAGUGACAUAUUAUACACAAUAAUUAAGGUUGUUUUAAAAAUUGUGUCUUACAUGUGUAUGCGGGUGGCAAUAGUAGCACCUCAAAGUUGUAUACUUUGGAUAAUGAAUUGAUUCAAAUGUUUUUAUAUACUACAACAUUCAAACGAUAAAUAAAUACAAUGAAGAAAAUGUU